AUGUCGGGUAACGGGAGACUAAGGCGUCUAAUCGUCCUGGUGGACGGCUGUGAGCCGCAGGAUGGCAAGAAGGACACGAACCCCUCGAGCAUCCAGAGGAUCAAGACUCUGGUGAGGGAGGGUGUUUGCCACGUUGGAGGAGUUGAGAUGACCCAAAUCCCAAAGUACUACACCGCUACUGCUAGUACUCCCAAGUUGAGCGACAGAUGGAAAUCCAAGACAUCCAAUGCGGAUACCACUCCUGAGGUCAUCAAGACCAUUGUCAAGGACAUCUCGUCAACUCUCGAACGUCCUGAAGAUGAGCUCUGGCUGUACGGAUCAGGCCAUGGCGCCUUUGUUGCUCGGGCAGUUGCUGGCAUCGUCCAACGCCUUGGUUUGGCCAAGACAGCGUCGUCCGGGGUAUUCGACGACCUCUAUGACGCAGCACUCGCACUCAUCAAGGCCCAGCUGGAGGAUGACUUCAAGAACGGCCCCCAACUCAUCCAAAAGAUCAAGAUUCACGCUGAGGAGCCCCCUCGGAUACGCUUCGUCGGUCUCUUCGACACGGUCAUUCGCACACCGCCAAAGGGCAGCGCAUACGACAUCUCGUUUGGUUCCUCCAUUGAGACUCUGCGACACGCCCUCGCCAUAAACGAGACCCGCACCAGCAGGGCGCUCCAGGUUUUCAGUGCUCCAGAAGAGGCAGAGAUGGCCACCCGAUCAUUCAUCCAGGCUUGGUUCUUGGGCACGCACGAUGACUUGAUCGGAGGCACAGCCCACGAUGGCCUCUCCCUCUAUCCGCUCCAGUGGAUCAUCCUAGAGAGCUUGUACGCUGGACUAAAUGGUUCCGAAGACAUCCAGUGGCGACUGCAGUUCGCAAAUGGCAUUCGACUCAGCAUGUUUGACAUUCAGAGUUCUCAUGGCAAGCGGUCAGCCACUGGGGUGGAUGUUCACAGCUUGAAGCUUGAAUCGGAUCGAUACAAGCAUAGUCCUACGCGUAAAAUCUUUGGAACAGAUGGAAAGCUCCUCGGAUGGAGUGACAAUGGUCCGCAUGGCACAAUGAUCCAUCCAUCUCUCUUCUGCGUUCUUGACCGCUACCCCCGAUACCUUGAGCUCCCUAAUCUCAAAGUACUCAAGGCUCAAAUCACCAACUUUCAAGACACAUACCUGGUCGAGGACCCCGAGUCACUUGCCCCUUGGCUUCGAGACAUGCAACUCCAAGCUAGUGGUGUCAAGGCGUUCCGGAUCUUGGUCUGUGGCAAAACAGGUGUCGGAAAGUCGACACUCAUCAACAAGGUGUUUGGUGUUGAGAUGACAGACGAGUCUCUAUCAUAUCAGCAGGGUGUUCACGACAUUAAUGUGGCGUUCGAGUCACCAAAACAUCCAGGGUUGCUCAUCCACGACUCGAGGGGCUGGCAAGCUGGUAGUGAUACCGAGCUUGACUUGAUUGCAAAGUUCCUUAGACAUAGAGCGUUUCAGGAGGAUCCCGCCGAGGCUCUCCACGUUAUUUGGUUCUGUGUUGAUUCAGACGUGGCUCGCAUCGAAGAAGCAGACAAGAGAACAUUUGCGACUAUUGCUCAAUACUCGCACCAAGUCCCUGUGUUCGUUGUUGGGACAAAGAAAGAUAAGCUCAUGGGAUACCGCAAGAUGCAGCUUCUGGAAGAGAUCAUGGAAGAAACAGGAAACUACAAAGAGGCCAAGAGGCAAGCCGAGGAAAAGGCCAGCGCGAUAGCUGAGGCUCAGUUCGCCGAGCUUCGGAACCAGCUCUCGCAGAUCGAGCAUUACAAGGCGGAUGGCUUCUGCUGUCUUUCCAAAGAUGACGAUGCAGGUAUCAAGGAUCUCCUUUCCCAAACUAUCGGACUCAUCGCCGACGAACGCGUACGUCUCUUCUGUGUUGCCGCUCAAGUAGUUGAUGUUGAACAGAAGAUCAACUCGGCGAUUACAGAAUGUAUGAGACUUGGAACCCACGCCGUCCGCACCGCAGCCGUUCCCCUCCCCUUCACCGGCAUGAUAGGAACACCCACCGUGUCACGGCUUAUCUGCGAGCAUGUGCUACAGUGCUUUGGCUUCCCCAAGACGACACCUGCAGAGGUUGAAAAGAUCAUGUCGGACGUGGUCAUGGGAAAUAUGAGGGAUUUCCUCAAGGUGUCUCUGACGCAGUUUGCCAGUGUUAGUGCUGUUGCUGUGGGUGUUGCGGUGCCUACAGUGGGAAUAGGCAUUAUCGUCGGUGCUGCUGGUUGUCUCCUGGGUCUUCCACCCACGGCACGAAUGCUUCUCAAGUGUUCUUGCGACAUGAUCCUGAUUCUCGAACGAUCGUUCCGUUACGAUGGCAAGUAUGUUUCCAUCAAGCAGAUCGAAGAUGCUGCAAAGUAUUACUCCAAGACAACCAUCACCUCAUUCUCCGGCAAGGAGAAGCGACUUCAGCAGCAGGUCCACGACGAGAUCAACCAACUCAUCCCUCUCAAGAAGGUAUCAGUUGGUUUCAGGUUCAACAAGCUGCGGGGUUCCAUCGAGGAGAUUAUCUACAGCAACCGCUUUGACAACGUCCCGAAGAACGCGUCUCUGAGAAGCUCCUCGAGCAUCGCGCUGGCACACAGCCACAGUGCACCCUCAGAGCUGUCUGGGGCACCACCGCCCAUCUGCGAGUUGCCUGGAGAUGAAGUUCAACUUCCUGUGCGAUCUCUGACAGACUCGGACGGCUACCUCAAGGCCGGCGAUGAAAAGCUGAGACCUGUAGUUGAACUGCCUGUAAACGAGGAGGUUGUACCCCAGAGUUUGGUGGUGCCAGCACAAACAAACUCUUCUGGGAAAACUGCCACGCCCCCUCCAGCGCCUCAGGUUCGACCUGCUGAACUUGACGCGAAUCCCCAGGCCAAUGAUCCUUCUGAGGAAGCAGACGGUUCCUCUGGCAAGAAGUCCGGCCUGCGCUGGAGCAAACCCUCAACAUGGAAACUGAGCUCAAAAAAGUCAAAGAACAAGUGA